CUGCGCUCGUUGACUCAGGAAAACAGGAAGUAAACCGGAACAGAGUAGCUACAAGGAACUGUAACCGAGAGCCGGAUACAUUCAUGUAAUUAACUUAACUUACCUCUGUGUGAAUAAUGAUGGAGGAAUAUAACUCUGGAGAUGAGCAGGCUGUCUUCAAUGCUGAUGAUGUCAACAUCUCGGUUAAAGAGUGUAUCGAAGGUGUCAUUGGUGGAGCAGAUUACAACCAGAGUAAAGUGAACCAGUGGACGGCCGGUAUAGUUGAGCACUCUCUGACUCAUCUGGUGAAGCAAGGGCGUCCGUUCAAGUACAUAGUAAACUGCACCAUCAUGCAGAAGAGUGGUGCCGGUCUCCACACAGCCAACUCCUGCUACUGGGACACUGCCGCUGAUGGAAGCUGCACAGUCAGGUGGGAGAAUCGCACCAUGUACUGUGUGGUCGGAGUGUUCGCUGUGGCGCUGUGAGCUCCUCUCUCUGGACAGCAUCAUGUCUGAUGCUUGAAACCGCAGCAUGACCAUGAAGCCAUUGAGAUCCUCAGAUGUUUCCCUCUGUAUGGGCACAUCACUUUUUCUCCCACAGGAUUGAAGAACAUAAUGGCAAAAAAAGGGUUGUGGUUUCUGAGUUGACAGCCUACGUUCGAUUGAGAAAAUACUGCUUUGGAAGGACAAAGCAAGUAUUUUCAACCUAGAAGCAGUGCAUUAAAAUCUAAAUGGAUGCUAGUAAUGUGAAACUCUAUUCAUUUUAAGCAGCAGGGCUCUUAGGAUGACGGUGUCCGUUCAUUCCAACAACUAUUUGAUAGAUUGCCCCGAAGUUCUCUACCCAUAUUCAAGCCUUUGUCAGGAUAAAUUGUUUGUAGUUUUGGGAUGAAUUACUUUGCUUUGUCAGCAAAUACUUGCAGGACUAAACACAUUGUAUUUAAAGCUAUAAACUCAAAUGUUGAUGCUCAGAUGGUGAACAUGCUAAGUAUACACGUAUACUUGCUGAACAUCAACGUGUCGUCUGUUGAUGGUAGUGUUUAGCUCUGGGUACGGCCCCUGCUAGCAGGGCUAUAGACUGCCAGUCUUGUCUUUUAUUUAUUUAUGUACAUUCCUAAAUGUUACAGCUGCUGUUCUGGUAUUUUUGGUGUUUAAGGAAAUCAGACUUUUUUUCGUAGCUCAUUGACUACUUACUACUACUAUAAAUUGUCUCCUAGUCUGAAUUUGUGCUUUAGCGAUCAGUCUGUAACUGAAUAUGACAUAUGUAUUUCCAGCAUGGAGUUCAUUGGUCAGAAGGAUAAAUGCAAUUUUCAAGACAUUGUCUGUAGAAGUCCUCGAUUUCUUCUUUAAAACUGAGUUUAUGAAGACGUUUAUUGGAACAUUCUGUUCACAGCCUGCUUUUUUGUAUUUUAGUGUUCUCUUCAUAUAAGAAUGUGAUUUGAAUUACGCAAAGGUAAUAAAUAUGAAUCUUUCA